AUGUCGACCGCUGCAUUUGCUCUCAAGGGAGCGAAGCGGGCAAAGACGCGCGAUGCCCUCAUCCCCAAGCAGUACUGGGUACCCACCAAGGACCUGCCCCCAGCGGAGCAGACUUCGGUCGUCGGCCUUCUGUCACCGCUGCUGACGGACAAGGAGAUUGCCAUAGUCUCCAUCUUGGACGUGACGGCGCUGCUCGAAAAGAUCCAUUCGCGCCAGUUGUCGGCCGUUGAGGUGCUCGAGGCCUACGUCAAGCAGACCAUCUUUACACAGCAGCUCGUGGGCGUGCUCACAGAGACCAUGAUCCCGGAGGCUUUUGAGCGUGCCCGAGCCCUGGACAAGACGCUGGCGGAGACCGGCAAGCCCGUGGGGCCCUUGCACGGGCUGCCCAUCUCGCUCAAGGACCAGUUCCACAUCAAGGGUUACGAGCUGAACAUUGGCUAUGUGUCGCGCAUCGGCACCGUCUCAGACCGACACUGCACGCUCGUAGACCUGCUCGUCAAGGCCGGCGCCGUCUACUAUGUACGAACUAACCUGCCGCAAAAUAUCAUGCGCGGCGAGGUGGACAACUUUGUCUAUGGCCUCACCACCAACCCGUCCAACCGUACAUUAACCCCCGGCGGCUCCACCGGCGGCGAGGGCGCCCUCCUGGCUAUGCACGGCUCCCCACUCGGCGUUGGCACCGAUAUUGGCGGCUCAGUACGCAUCCCCGCAGCGUUCUGUGGCAUCUGGUCGCUUCGCCCGUCAUACCACCGCGUGCCGUACCAGUGGUCCGCCAACUCCAUGCUGGGCCAGGAGGCAGUGCCGUCGGUCAUCGGCCCGAUGUGCUCGUCAUACUCGGGCCUGGUCGAGUUCAUGAAGGCCAUCGCUGAGCAGGAACCCUGGUUGCACGACCCUCUGGUUCUCGAGAAGCCCUGGAACCAGGCCGCCUUUGAGGCACCGCAGAACAAGGAGAAACUCAGCUUUGCCAUGAUGUGGGACGACGGCGUCACACGAGUCCACCCACCCAUCGCUAGGGCUGAGAAGGCGGUCGUAGCCGCCCUGAAAGCCGCAGGCCACGAGGUCAUUGACUGGGUCGGCGUGAACCACGUCGAGGGCACCGCCAUCCUCGACAUCGUUUACAAAGCGGAUGGUGGCAAGGACAUUCGCGACGAGUGCGAGGCCUCCGGGGAGCCCAUCUUGCCCGGCCUCGGCGAAGGCGCGUCCAAGCACCUGAGCGUGUGGGAGGCGUGGCAGCUGAAUAAGCGUCGCGACGCCUACCGUAAGACUUACCUGGACGCCUGGAACACAUCGGCCUCCAAGACGUCCACCGGUCGUCCAGUUGAUGCCAUCAUCAGCCCUGUCGCACCCUUCGUGGCCGCCGUCUUGUCGGAGAACGACAAUCUCGAUUACACCUCCAUCUGGAACCUGCUGGACUAUCCCAGUGUCGUCUUCCCCACUGGCCUGCGCGUCGAUCCAAAGAUCGACACGGGGAAGAUAGCCGGCGAGCCCCUCCCAGGUGAAAGAGAUCGUAUCAACGCCGCCAGGUGGGAGGAACAUGGGGCUGCAGGCUAUAACAAUGCUCCCAUUGGCUUGCAAGUACUUGGACGCAGGGGUCGGGAAGAGGAGAUCCUGGGAAUCGCCAAAGUUAUUGGCAAAGCGAUUAAACAGAUCUGA